AGUGGGAGCCAGCAAAGAGCUGGCUCGUGCAUGGGGAAGACUGAACAGCAGGAUUGGGGUGAGAUCUGAUGGGCAUUUGGGAAGCUGGAAAGCAGGAUUUGCUGGGCAAGCUGACUGAAAAUGAUACAAGGAUGGCUUUUGGAGAUUGCUCUUAGGUGAUUUUCAUCGUUGGAGACCUUGCAUUACACAGAACUCUGUAUUGGGGUCUCCCAUCUGAAAACGUCUUCAGAAGAAGCCUUUGGACUUCACCUUCAGAAAGGCAGAUUUCCACUUCAGAGAUCACGUCAUCGUCCUUCCUGUGAAAAUAAUAUGAACCAAAAGGUGUUAGUUUUCCUUCUCCCAAACUUUAUUUUUGGGAUAUUUCUUUUUGGGUUUUUCUGUAAGAGACAAAAAAACCUAACAGGUGCUUUUCCUGAUCCCACUGAAGAUUGGCUGGCAAUUCAAAAUGAUCGCAAAAGCACACUGGCUUCUCUCUGCCUGAAGAACAACCUUCUUAAAUUAAGAAACAAAUUGGAUUCUCGUGUUGCAAACCAGCUCUUUGUGGAGCACAAACACAAAUUUAUCUACUGUGAGGUGCCCAAGGUAGGCUGCUCCAAUUGGAAGAGAACUAUUUUUCUUCUCCAAGCAGACUUGAAUGCGGAAGCUUCUGAAAUUGAGCAUGACCACAUCCACCAAACCUCGCUGAUCAAAAAGCUGGUGACUUACCCUCCUGACGUACGAAAGGAAUUUCUGAACAAUUAUACCAAAGUGAUGUUCACCAGACAUCCCUUGGAACGGCUGGUUUCAGCUUACAGAGACAAACUUCUGCACUCUGAGCCAUUCUACAGCAUCACUGUUGCUAAUGAGAUUAGGGCAAUGUUCAGGAAAAACAAAAAUUCUUCAGAAAAAGUGAGUUUCCAGGAGUUUGUCAACUUCAUUAUAGCAAAACCACCAAAUACUCUUGACAUUCACUGGAAACCAAUGUUUCUGCUCUGUGAUCCUUGCAACAUUCACUAUGAUAUUCUCGGUAAGUAUGAAACUCUUGGGUUAGAUUCUGAGCAUGUUCUGAAGGUCAUUGGAGCACCAGAGAGCCUGCACUACCCCAGCUUGAAGAGGUAUGGAUCAGAGAAACGAACUAAUGGUGAUAUCACCUUGGAGUAUCUCAGACAACUGAACUCAGAACAAGUUGAGAAGAUCAAAAAAUUGUAUCAAAUGGAUUUUUUCUUGUUCAAUUACACUAUGAAAUAUGAGGAUUAUUUUUCCCUGAAUGACUAAUGUAGGAUAAACAAAGCACAGUUUCCUUUGUACAAAAUGGGCUGAACUUGUCCUCACAGGUGCUUGAUAGGUGGCUUGGUGACUGCUGCUGAGAUUUUACUGGUGUUUGGAGACAUGGUUUAUCAUCCUAAGCACUCUUAUAACAAAUCCCUGCCAUGAUCUGUUGUACUGUACAGUACUUUACCUAUAUGAAAUUAUUGUCUUCCUGUUGAUCAUUAA